GGCAGACAACUGACAGGAGCGCCAAGGUCACCACAUUUCCGUUUGACCUACCUCUUCCCCUCACCCCACGCUAAUCAUGGCUCAACCACGCACGGAAUAUGAGCCUCUACCCCUCACCCACGAGGACCACGCGCCCACCACUCUUUACAAUGCCCCUCCGUCCCCUCCAGGGUCCUCGUUCCAUCUUCCCUCUCCCAAUGCCGAUGGCCUCCCGUAUUCGGACGACAUGGGCAUCCCACUCGGUGCCGCGCAACCAAGAUUUCUCGGUCGCGCCUUGUACGAUGAUGGGGGUGCCCAAAUGCGCGAGUCGUACGCAUCGUCGUCGCACUCGACUUUCCCCGCCGACCGGUCCUCAGCGUACACCGCGGACAGCACCGUGGGUUUCAAAUCCGGAGCGAGGCGAGAUGAUGGCUACACCGACUCUUCGUAUCACGACGAGCCUGGUUUUUUUGUCGGCGAGCAACCUCUGCGCAGAGAGAAGCGCGGGGUAUCCGCCUGGGAACCCAAGUCGCGCAAGAAACCCAUCUUGAUCGGGGUUGGUGUUGUGGUAGUGGCGGCUAUCGUUCUGGGAGUAGUCAUCGCGCUUACCGCGGGGAAACACAAGUCCAGCGGUACGAGCAACCUUGGUAACGGUUCGCCAUCAAAUCCCUCUGCGUCUGCUUCAUCAUCCUCUGGGCCAUCCAUCAAAUUUGCUCUGACCACUGGAGGCGACGGAAGCACCGUGACCGCCGACGAUGGGUCUACUUUCACUUAUUCGAAUCCUUUCGGUGGCACAUGGAUGUACGACGUGAACGAUCCCUUUAACAAUGGCGCGCGUGCCCAGUCAUGGAGCCCGGCGUUGAACGAGACGUUCCAUUACGGCGUUGAUAGGAUUAGAGGCGUUAAUAUUGGCGGGUGGCUCGUCACCGAACCCUUCAUAGUGCCUGCACUGUAUCAAACCCUCCAGAGUCGGAAAACCACAGUUGACGCUGGGAUAACGAUCAUCGACGAAUGGACACUGAUGCAAGCCAUGGUGCUCGACACCGCGAAUGGCGGCACAGACCAGCUCGUGCAGCAUUACGAGACUUUCAUCACCGAGCAGGACUUUAUGGAGAUUGCUGCAGCAGGUCUGAACUUCGUACGUAUCGCCUUGCCGUAUUGGGCCAUCGACAUGUGGGAUGGCGAGGGCUUCUUGCCGAAAGUGUCGUGGACCUACUUCCUGAAGGCGAUCAAGUGGGCUCGAAAGUACGGCAUCCGCAUCAAUCUCGACCUGCACACUCUGCCAGGCUCGCAGAAUGGAUGGAACCACUCCGGAAGAUUGGGCAGCUACAACGUGCUGUACGGGCCGAUGGGACUUGCCAACGCCCAGCGGUCGCUUGACUACAUCCGCAUUUUGGCCGAGUUCAUCAGUCAACCUGAGUACAAGGAUGUCGUAGCCAUCUUCGGCAUCACAAAUGAGCCGCAGGGUAACCAGAUCGGGAUGGACUCGCUGUCGCGCUACUAUCUGCAGGCUUAUCAGGAAGUGCGGACAGCCAGCGGGUUGGGGGCUGGAAACGGACCAUUGGUGUCGGUCCACAACGGGUUUGUCGACCUGAAUCAAUUCAAUGGGAUGUUCCCGGGGGCCGAUCGGUUCACUCUCGAUUAUCACCCUUACCUUUGCUUCGCCGGGCAGAGCCCGGACCCGAUUGGGUCUCACCUGACACAGCCAUGCUCGAGUUGGGGUGCCCAAAUCAACAAUUCAAUGGCCAAUUUUGGUUUCAUUCUGGCCGGAGAGUUCAGCAAUGCGGUGACGGACUGUGGCUUGUAUGUGAACGGGGUCGGACAGGGUGUGCGAUACGAAGGGACAUACAACCAGGGAGGGAACUGGCCUGUCGUCGGCAACUGCUCCACGGACUGGCUGGACUACACGAACUGGAGCAGCAAGACCAAGUCUCAGUACAAGACAUUUGCGAUGGCCAGCAUGGACGCUUUGCAGCACUGGUUUUUCUGGACAUGGAAAGUCGCCAACUCGACCGCUGGAAUCGUCGAGGCCCCCCAGUGGUCUUACCAAUUGGGUCUGCAAAAUGGCUGGAUGCCGACCGAUCCUCGUCAGGCUGUUGGCCAGUGCGGAAACGCGAAUCCGUUCACCGGGACGUUGUCUUCCUGGCAGACCGGUGGGGCUGGUGCCGGGACCAUCGACCCGAGCGCGCUUUCGGCUUUCACGUGGCCUCCACCCACGAUCUCCUUUGGAAAUAACAACGCUAUGGCGGCCACUUCGCUGCCUGCCUAUGCUCCCACAGGCAGCCCGAUCACACUUGCUCCUCCCACCAUCACUGGAGUAAGUGGCAGUGCUGGUGUCCAGAGUCUGACUGCGAGCGUCAACGUCGGGAAUGGAUGGAACAAUCCCUCUGACGCGGCUGGUAUGAUGACCAAAAUGGCCGGCUGCUCCUACUUGGAUCCAUGGAUUGGAUCCACAGUCAGCCCUCCGGCAACCGUCUGCACAGCCGCCCCCGGCGCCGGCAUCACUCCAGGACCAUGAGACUCUAGAUGUUCUGUCGUUUGUAGCACGAUGUAUCUUUGCACAUACGGCUUCCAGCCGCGUGGACCGGACUAUUUACUCAUCUGCACUAUCUUCCCGAGGAGAUUACGACUAUUCUAUCACUACCUAUAUAAGUACCGUACUUGAUGGCAGUUAUUCACUUCACAUGAUCAUGCAAUCAUGAUGCGCUUGCAACCCCCUCAAAAGCAUUUUCACGUGACAUUUCUUGGUGUAACGGGACUUGGCCCCCGGGCCUGUCUAUCUGCACCCUCUCUCACUGUAUCUUUCUGGACUUUGUGUUCCUGUAUCAUCUUGUCUGUUUUUGCACUUGGAGCAUCAUGGGAAUUCGCUCGACCGUCGUCGUCUGUGUAACUAGCUUCCUUCUCGGAACACUGUUCACCCAUUGGAUCGCCGACUCUUUGACGCUAUGGAAAUCUCCAGUAACUGACGAACACUUAUGGAAAGCUGCAUCAUACUACUCGAUUCUGGCCAAGGGCUCGCCUGUUAUCUAUUCCUUUGCCGCCGGAGUCGUUGCGCUCGGCGCAGGCUCGAUUCUGUGGAGUCUCCGGGAUGGCGAGGCGGGGAAUCUCAUGUUCGACGGCGGGAGCAUAUUUCUUUUUGGGACGUCCGUCGUCCUGUAUCUCAACUCGGUUCUCCCCAACAUCGUCGUCAAAUUUACGACUCUGCCGACUCACCAGCGCAUGGACCCGUUUCCGAAAUCGCUGCGCUCGGCGACUUUGGAUCUGGCGUCGAACCAUCUCAUGUGCAGUGUCGCCCUGACGGGUGUUCUCGUGCUCCAAGCGGGGCGAUUCUGGGCCGAACGCACCGAUGGCGAGGAGGCAACCGAAAAGCAAAAAAGGUCGUCGCUCAAGGCUACGGCAUCACGGGCGAAAACCCCCGAUGUCAGGUCGUGAGCGAGGGACGACGCGUCGCAUUAGUCUAAUCUCCGAUAUGUAUUAUAAUCAUAAUAUCUACGCUGUUUCAACAUACAGUGGCGAAUGUCUAUGAUCCGUCCCCGUCUUUUACAAUGUCCUCUUUCCUGGGCGUUGGUCUUGAGUUCAUGAGCUCCCUGCCCUGGCCGAGCAGCGAUUUGGCGGCUUCGUCUUCCAUGACGAUUCCCAGUCCUUCCUCCCUGACAAGACCGAGCACGUGCUCAAGCUCGACGAAGCCAUCCUGGUCCGCAUCCAACUUCUGGAUGACCGCCUGACCGACUUCGUCGUCUGGCUUGUGGCGGAUGACAGCGAGCGCUUUUUCAAGAUCGUCGACGGAGAUUCGGCCCUGGGCGUCACACGACAUGGUCUGCAGCGAGUUGCCGACACGGGCAUCGUAUUCCUCCAAUUGCUGGUCGAUCUUGUUCAGCAUGCUCCGGAUCCGUUUCGUCAGAGCCCCCGAUGGA